UGGGCGGGAGCUCUUUUUGAAUCGGCUGCUUUGAACGUAUUUUUUUUUGUUUCUGUGUCACCACCGCCUCCGCUCCAACAACUCCUAUCACUCCAUCUACAUGGCGCAUUUUUGCAGAUCCGUUUUAGUCUAGCUUCAAGCUACUUCAUAGAUCCUUGCCUUAUAUCGUAUCUUGUUGUAUGUUCAUCAGAUAGGACCAGAAGCAGUCGGUCGAUACGCGUCGAGACAUAGCUUGAGUCAAGUAGCAAGCUUGAGAAAUAAAUAAAUCAGAUACGCUAUGCCAUGGGGGGUUUUGUCUCUAUCACCUCCAUCGCCACCAUUGCCCACCAAUCUAGAGUUUGUUAUCGUGGUCAAUGGUCCUCAACAUGCGAGCUAAUAAGGAUCAAGAGAGGUUUGACACCUGCGAACAAGCCCUGCUUCACCACUGGGUCGAGUGUUUAAAAAGCCCGCUCCUGCAGCCUUAGCACCGACUCGACCUUGCUUGGCUAUUCAUAACAUUGACAUGCAGUUUAGAACUUACUUACGCU